UGAUAACCAAGUAUAUCCUCAUUGAUAACUUUGGUAACAAAAUCUCAGAAUAGUUAGAAUGGCUUUAUAUCGCACUAAAGAACUAGUCUCCCUUGUUUCAAUCAUGUUUGUUUUGCUAGCCACAAAUAUCGAAGCACUUUCCUUCAAUUUCCCCAAGAUCACUCCUGGUAACACUGCUAUCACCCUCCAAGGGAAUGCCAAGAUUUUAGCCAAUGGUGUCUUGGCACUGACCAACAGUACACAAAUUCCUCCAACUACAACUUUCCCAAGUACAGGUCGUGCCUUAUAUUCAACACCCGUGCCUCUUUGGGACAGUGCUACCGGCAAUGUUGCCAGUUUUGUCACUUCCUUUUCUUUCGUCAUACUGAACCCGUCUGGACGUGUUCCAACUGAUGGACUCGUAUUUUUCAUUGCACCACCGGACACUGAGAUUCCCAACAACUCACAAAGUCAAUAUCUGGGAGUAGUUGAUAGUAAAACUUCAAUCAAUCGAUUCGUUGGUCUAGAGUUUGACCUUUAUGCCAAUUCUUUCGAUCCCUAUAUGAGACAUAUUGGAAUCGACAUCAACUCUUUAAUUUCUACCAAGACCGUCAGAUAUAACUUUGUGAGUGGUUCAUUGACUAAAGUAACUAUAAUAUAUGACUCUCCUUCUAACACCUUAACUGCUGUUAUCACUUAUGAGAAUGGUCAAAUUUCUACCAUUUCACAAAACGUUGAUUUAAAAGCUGUGCUCCCCAAGGACGUUAGCGUUGGUUUUUCUGCUACUUCAACAAUUGCCGUAUCACACAACAUCCAUUCAUGGUCCUUCACAUCAAACUUGGAAGCAACUACUGGCAAUAUCGUCUCACAAGUAUGAAUAAUGCUUACUAGUUUCCUACUAGUUCUAAAUAAGACUUUGCUUACUAGCAUCUAAUGUGACCUCUAUGUAUGUGUUUUUCGAUCAUGUUUCAAUUAAUGUUUCUUACUCUA